UAAUUCUACUCUGAUUACUGAAGGAGAUGAAGGCGGUUAUGGGCAUACAUGGGUGGAGUAAAUUAACUGCAUGUGCGUUCACUGCACUUUUUUCCUGUCAUUGGGAUUGUGGCGGUCAGGAUGAUGAAGCUCUGAUACAUCCACUUCGAGGAUCAUCCCCAUGCCUAAUCUGCAGCUCACAAGACUUGUCUGUGUAAAGGCAUUAAGACGAGGUUGAAACAUCUGACCAUUCUCCUUGCUGAUGAAGUAUUUAUAAUAAUUUAGUAUCUGAUCUACUGUAUGCAUCUACCUCUAUUGUAAUAACACUAUUAUCAUCAGAACUUAAAUUAAAUGAAACAUUAAGAUAUUUCCCACUGUGAAUGCAGGACACAGUGAAACUGUGAUAUAAUGAUUAGUCAUUACUUAUGAUGUUCCUUCAAGAUAGACAAAUAUAUAUUCAAAUAUACGAAAGCAUAUAGUUAGAGAUGCUGCAGUUAAGCACAGUUACAGAUUGUCUGCUGAUCAGUAAUGCCAGGUCAGCCUGUAGCAAUGAACUUAUCCAGAAGGAGGAGGUCACUCUUUGUAUUAAUGUUUCGAAGCAGCAACCCUUUCCCUCUAUUCGGGUAAGCACUUUGCGUGUACCUGUAUAUGAUGACCCUCAAGAAGACCUGUACAAGUAUUUUGACUGCUGCGCAGAUGCCAUAGCCAAUGAGGCAGAACGGGGAGGCCGCACUGUUGUGUACUGCAAGAAUGGACACAGUCGCUCAGCUACUGUCUGUUUGGCCUAUCUAAUGAAGCACCAGGGUCUCACCUUGACUGAUGCCUUCCAGGUAGUAAAAAGUGCCCGAUCAGUAGUUGAGCCUAACCCAGGAUUCUGGACUCAACUGGAGCGAUAUGAACAGGAUCUGAAGAUCAGGAGGUCGGCCAGCCACAGCUAACCUCUCUCCACUUUAAAUUCAUACCUACAUUUUCUGAUAUGACAUUCUCAAACUUCAGGGCUUUAUAUAGCUACACUGUAAACCCUGAUAAGUUCACAGAACUCAAAUAUUUUGUAACAGAUUACACAAAAACAUUUAAGUGAUGUUUUUA